AUGGCUCUGGAGCGGGACAUCCUGUUCAAGAGGCUCAGAUCGAAGCCAGAAAACAAAGUCUGCUUCGACUGCCCCGCCAAGAACCCCACCUGGGCCUCCGUCCCCUAUGGCGUCUUCAUAUGCCUGUCCUGCGCCGGCAUCCAUCGAAGCCUGGGCGUGCACCUGAGCUUCGUGAGGUCCACCACGCUGGACACUUGGUCCGAGGACCAGCUGCGGCUCAUGGCGGUGGGCGGCAACCAGCGGGCGCGCACCUUCUUCAAGCAGCACGGCUGGGACGAGAUCGGGUCGGACAAGAUCGAGGCAAAGUACACGUCCCGCUCCGCGCAGCUGUACCGCAAGCAGCUGGAGAAGGACGCCGCCAAG